AGAAUCGAGCGGACCAAGAAGGACAAGUGAGGACGAGGACGGUCGAGAGGAUCGUUCCAACGUCCGCAACGUAAACGUGAUCGAGUUCGAGGGAUAGUGGCGAGUGGCAUCCGCAUGAUCGUCGCUUGGACCACGUGUUCCCUCGUGUUCUCGCAGCUCGCGGUCGGUGAGAGAUUCACGAUCUAGUCUCCUCAUCGCGAUCCCGAUAGUGCCGGGUGUCACGUCGUGACCGUUCGUGUGCGGCUAACAAUUCCUGGUUGAAGGAAUGACCGCCUCGAGCGGCGUGGCAGGCAGCAGCCCGCUGCCGAAAUGGCAGCUCGCCUUGGUGGUUGGAGCACCGGUUGCCCUCGGCCUCGGCUACAUGUACUACAAGAACAGGAAUAGCAAUAACGUUGACAAGCCGGAACGCGACAAGUUCAGGAGCGGCGCGGCCAAGGAGAACGGCGCGCCCGCCGACAAGCAGAUCUCCAUCGACGGCGAUUGUCCACCCAAAGUGCCUUCUCCCGCGGCUGAGACUCCUUUACAAAAGGCACAGAAAUAUAAGAAUGCAGGAAAUGUAGAGUUCAAAACUGGAAAAUAUGAUGAAGCUAUUGCUCGGUAUAAUAAAGCAAUCGACAUUUGUCCAACAGAAAACAUAGAGGACCUUGCAACAUUUUAUCAAAAUAGAGCAGCUGCGUAUGAGCAAUUGAAAAAAUAUAGUGCUGUAAAGGCAGACUGUACAAAAGCGUUAGAACUAAAUCCAAAAUAUGCCAAAGCUUUGUUACGUCGAGCACGUGCUUUGGAGCAAACAGGGGAGUUGGAAGCCGCCCUGGAGGAUGUAACUACCUCGUGUAUUUAUGAAGGAUUUUCUAAUCAAAGUUCCCUCUCAACGGCAGAUAAGGUUUUGGAAAAGCUCGGGAGACAACAUGCCCAGGAAAAUUUGGCAAACAAAAAAUUUGUAAUGCCAAGUAAGCAUUUUAUCAAAACAUACAUUAUAUCUUUUCCCAAGGAUCCAGUAUUUUCUAGACUUGAACAUCCAGAAAAUAUUCCAGAAUUUUUCAAGAAACCAUUGCAAGCGGUAAAAAAUAUGGAGUACGACGAUAUAAUACCGCUAUGCACGGAAAUCAUAAAAAAUCCCGAAUUUGAUAUGUUACCUUCAUCUAGAUUAGAGGUGUUAUUAUUACGAGCUACAUUUUACUUACUUUUGGGCGAGCACGAUGCUACAAUCAAAGAUUUUGAAAAUAUAUUGAACAGCAAAGAUGCAUCCGAUGACGUGAGGAUAAAUGCCCUGAUAAAAAGAGCGGCCUUAUACAUGCAACUUGAUAAUCCAGAUAUGACUUUCAAGGACUUUGAAUUAGCCAUUAGUAUAAAUCCAAGUUACAGUGAUAUCUAUCAUCAUAGAGGACAGGUAAAUUUGCUCAUGGGCAGAAUAGAUGAAGCUAAACGCGAUUUUGAAAAGGCUGUUGAGUACAAUCCAAAUUUCGGCAUAGCAUACGCGCAAAAAUGUUACACGGAUUAUCGUUUUGCAGUGUUCAAUAGAGAUAUAGGAUUAGCCGAAGUGGCUGUGAAAGACUUUGAGAGAGCUUUGGAAAAAUAUCCAAAUCCUCCUGAAUGUAUAUAUUGUUAUAUAUCGUAUGCUCAGAUGAUGUCCGAAACUCAACAGUUUGAAAAGGCUGAUACUUAUUAUGCUAAAGCAUUAGAGCAAGACCCGGAUAAUGCAACUGUUUAUGUGCACAGAGGCUUACUGCAAUUACAAUGGAACGGUAAUGUUGAUAAAACUGUGGAAUACAUACAUAAAGCGUUAGAAUUGGAUGAGAAAUGCGAGCUUGCAUAUGAAUCAUUAGGAAGUAUUGAAGUACAAAGAGGAAAUAUAGAGGAAGCAAUAAGAUUAUUUGACAAGGCUUUAGUAUUAUGUCGUACAUUCAUGGAAUUGACACACAUAUACAGCUUGAGAGAUGCUGCAAAAGCACAACUUAAUAUAAAGAAUCGAUUAGGACACGAUACAAGAUGGAAUAGCUGCGGUAUGCUAUACAGAAAAUUGAUUAUUUGCGGAAUGAAAAACAAUAAAGUCGUCUUGCUGAAGCGGCCUAUGAUACCGACGACAGCGAAAGUCAUUCCCGACAGAUAACAAAACGUGUCGCCUACGAAAACCUGCGAUGGGUA